UCUCAGUGGACAGAGAAACAGCCCGUGGGCAGAAGUGGGAUUUCCUGAAACUCCGAGAGGAACAGAAAGUUCUAGCAGGACCGAUAGCGAGGCUUGACCCGGGGGCAGAGGCUGGAGGCAGGGACCUAAGGCGGCUGCGGGGUCUAGAGGGGGUGGCAGAUGCCCCGCGGACAACGUGCUGGCACCAAUGACGGGAAGUCCUCCUCCCUUAGCAAGGCCCAGGAUGCCACCCCCGGCCGCAAAGGAGGCCGGGAGCAGGGACCUGCGGGAGAGAGCCGGGAAGGGCGCGCAGAGCGCAGAGUCCCGCGAGAAGCGCGCCAAGGGGGCAGCCGCAAAGGGGCCCCCCAAGCCAGGCUGGGCUCUGUCACUGGAGGGGCUGGAGGCCAUGAGCCCCAAGCAGUGCCACCGCCACCUGCUCUUCGGGGACUUGCUUGAAGACGUGGGUGCGGCCGCCUCCAUCUUCCCCCGCGAGUCAGCGGAGUUGGGGUACCGGAUGCCCGACCCGCGGGCGUGGGCGCAGUCACUGGAGCCGUCGACGGCGCGCCAGGACCAGCUGCUCGGCGUCCUCAAGGCGGCCGAGGCCCGCGGUCGGGUCCGCGCCUUGCGGUUGCGCUACACCUACAUGCGGGCGGAGGAGAUCUCGCUUCUCAUCCAGCGACAGAAGUCCGCGCGCGCCGCCAUCCGGCUGGAGCUGUUCCUGCCGCCGCAGCUGAAGCCCACGCGGAUCCCGGACCCCCUGGACCGCCAAGAGCGGAGGCGCGUGGAGACCAUUCUGGAGGAGAAAGUGGACGGCAGGAACUUCCUGCGAUGACGGCCAGGCGCACUGGCGACCACACCCCACCUCCCCCAUAAAGUUCUGGUUCUCCAA